AUCGAAUCGUCAGCGAACACGGCGCUCCGUGGUCCGUGCAGGACUGCACGCAGCCCCCGUCGGUCGGGACCGUCACGAAACAGCGAAACUUGCCCAAGAGCGUAGCGGAGAUCAGAGGGGAAAAGAAGGAACCCACCCUUCCCAGUGAGAUCUUCCCCCUCAUCCUUCCCUGGCAGCCGCAAUCUCGCCCUCCCCGGCGCGGAGGACGAGCAGCGCUCUCGAUCCGAUUCGUGUGAGCGCCCGAGAUGGCGGCCUGGUCGGACUAAGCCCAAGCGAAAAAGGCGAGAGCCGCCGCGCCGCUGUCAAGCGAUGGCGAGGCGAACCGGCGCCGCCGGCUUCCUGCUGCCGCUGGUGCUCCUGGCAGCUUCCUUACUUGAUUGGAACUUGAUUUCUCUAACUAAUAUGAUCAUCUUCUUUGCUAUUCGAUUUGUUGCUCCAACAAGAGGGUUUCGCACUUGGAGGCUGUACCUUCUAUUGUGGUGUACGAUUAUUUACUCAGUGCUUGCUAUUUUAGCACAAGUUACGUUUCAUAUAAUCUGGUGCAUUGAGGGCAUGGGAUGGUCUGUGGCUUAUUCUUGGUGGGUGAAGCUUGUGGGUUUAGCAAGGGGCCAUCCUUGGGAAUCACCAUCAGUUAUCUAUUUUCUAGCCUUACAGCUAUCUGCCACAGUCCUUGCUUUGGUUGAAGUCCUUGGAAGUAGGCUUCAUCAAGAUUCAUGUUGGCUGAACUUCUCUUUUGGGUUUGAGCAAAUAGGUUACCAUUUGCGGGUAACAUGCUGUUUCUUACUGCCUGCUGCCCAGUUAGUUGUCAGUAUUAGCCAUCCUUCGUGGAUUUCUUUACCCUUCUUUGUAUUUAGCUGCAUUGGCCUUGUGGAUUGGUCAUUAACAAGCAACUUUCUUGGUCUUUUCCGAUGGUGGAGGUUACUUGAGAUGUACUCGGUGUUUAGUAUUCUUCUGCUUUAUAUCUACCAGUUGCCUGUGCAGUUUCCCUAUGUUGUCCUAGCAUUUGCUGACUUCAUUGGGCUGUUCAAAGUUUCCUCGAAAUCAGAAUGGCCUGAGCUGUCUUCUGGUAUUUCUCUUUUGGUGUAUUACUUCAUGUUGUCAUCAGUGAAACAAGACAUACAGGAAACAGAUUCACUUAUAUCUCUAGAAGAUGGCAGCUUAACGGAACACCUACUGCCUUCUGGAAAUGCUUUCUUCAGUUGCCAAUCUCGAGCUGACAGAAGGCAUACUAACAUAUUACUGAGAGGAUCGGUUUUCAGAAAUUUCAGUAUUAACUUCUUCACUUAUGGAUUCCCGGUCCUGCUGCUUGCCCUUGCCUUCUGGAGUUUCAACUUCACUAGUAUUUGUGCUUUUGGUCUCCUAGCAUAUGUUGGAUACAUUUUAUAUGCUUUUCCUUCCUUGUUCCAAAUGCAUCGGUUGAAUGGGUCACUUCUAGUGUUCGUUCUGCUCUGGGCAGCCAGCACGUAUGUCUUCAAUGUGGCAUUCACAUUCUUUAACAAAAGAUUUCAAAAGGAUAUGAAGAUUUGGGAGACUGUUGGGCUUUGGCACUAUUCUAUUCCUGGAUUAUUUUUACUUGCCCAAUUCUGCCUUGGAGUUUUUGUAGCACUGUGUAAUCUUGUUAAUAAUUCUGUUUUCCUUUACGUGCAAACUGUGGAUGGUGCUUCAUCAAGUGAUGAUCAUCUCAUCGAUGAGAAGGAAGAUACAAUGGUUCUGAUUGUAGCAACACUAGCAUGGGGUCUACGCAAACUUUCACGUGCAAUUACUUUAACAUUACUCUUUCUACUUGUGAUGAAGCGAGGAUUUAUUCAUGCUGUUUACAUGUGUUUUUUCCUGGUGUUUUUGGUGAAUCAUUCAAUCAACAAGAGACUACGCCAGAUCUUAGUAUUGUUCAGCGAGGUUCAUUUUUCAAUACUGUACAUUCUUCAGCUUGAUCUGGUGUCCAGUGCUCUGGAGCGCAGUGGUUCACUAACAAUGGAGGUACUCUCACAGUUAGGUCUCUCAAAUAAUGCUACAACAAAGGACUUCAUAGAGAUAGGCUCAAUAGUGUGCUUCUGCGCUGUGCAUAGUCAUGGUUUUAAGAUGCUCUUUUCACUAUCAGCGGUUUUGCGGCAUACACCUUGUCCACCUGUUGGAUUCACAAUUCUAAAGGCUGGUUUGAACAAGUCAGUUCUACUGUCAGUUUAUAGUUCACAAAGUUCGCGAAAUGAUGAAGCCUGCCGUAAUUCACAUGAGAGAAAAAUUGCAUCGUAUCUCAGUAAAAUUGGUCAGAAAUUUCUGUCUGUGUACCGUUCAUAUGGAACUUAUGUGGCUUUUCUGACAAUUCUUUUGACUCUGUACUUGGUGACCCCUAAUUACAUAUCAUUUGGUUACCUGUUUUUCCUUCUAUUUUGGAUAAUUGGACGGCAGCUUGUGGAAAAGACAAAAAGGCGGCUGUGGUUUCCUCUAAAAGUAUAUGCCGCGAUGGUUUUUAUCUUUACCUACAGCCUGAGUGUUUCACCGAUCUUUGCAGAAUCAGUCUCAAAGUUUGUCAAACUAUAUCCUGAUCUGGGAUUCGACCCUAAAGCUUCUUUGUUGGAAAAUGUCUGGCAAUCAUUGGCCGUUCUAGUAGUAAUGCAACUUUACAGCUAUGAACGAAGACAAAAUAGUGACAAGAACUUUGGUGUAUCCGAUGCUUUGGUAUCUGGACUUCUGGGGUUCCUAAGAAGAUUUCUAAUUUGGCACAGUGAUAAGAUAUUAUCAGUUAGUGUCUUUUAUGCUUGCCUAUCAUCCAUCAGUUUAUCUGGCCUAAUUUACCUGUUAGGCCUCAUUGUGUUUUGUACGUUACCAAAAAUGUCUCGAAUUCCUUCAAAGGUUUACCUUGUCUACACUGGUUUACUUGCUGCAUCUGAAUAUCUUUUUCAAAUGGUGUGCAAGCCUGCACAAAUGUGUCCUGAUCAGCACUUCUAUGGUUUGUCUGCGUUUCUUGGUCUCAAAUAUUAUGAUUCUGGGUUUUGGGGGGUUGAAUAUGGGCUUAGGGGAAAAGUUUUGGUGAUUGUGGCAUGUACCAUUCAGUAUAAUGUUUUCCAUUGGUUAGAUAUGAUGCCAACAUCUCUGGUACAUAAUGGAAAAUGGGAAGAGCCCUGCCAGCUGUUUAUCUCGUCCAAUCCACCUUAUAGUUCUGUGAGAAGCAAUGAAGAAAAUCAUUCAUCAAGUAGGUUUACUUCGUUGUUUUCUAAAGUUCAAGGUCUUAUAGGUAGCAGCUCAAGUUCAUCUUUGGGUCCAGGCAACACUUACCAGAAAUCAGAGUAUGUCGAUAAUGCCAUCAAAGGCUCAGAUGAGGACAAAAGAUACUCGUUUGCAAAGAUUUGGGGAUUGUCAAAAGAAAGCCACAAGUGGGAUAAGAAAAGAGUUAUUUCUUUGAAAAGAGAAAGAUUCGAAACUCAAAAGAUAACAUUCAAAUGUUACAUGAAGUUCUGGAUAGAAAAUCUUUUCAAACUGCGUGGUCUGGAAAUUAACAUGGUUGUGUUAUUAUUGGCAAGCUUUACAUUGUUGAAUGUUGUAUCGAUCUUCUAUAUCAUGUGCCUCGUAGUCUGCAUUCUUAUGAACAGAGAUCUAAUCCAGAAAUUGUGGCCCCUUUUUGUAUUUCUGUUUGCUUCUGUCUUAAUACUCGAAUAUUUUGCUCUUUGGAACAAUUUGAUGCCUUGGUUCCAUGAUAUCAAUAACAUUGAAGUCCAUUGCCGUGAAUGCUGGAAGAAUUCAAGGAUUUUCUUUGACUACUGCUCAAAAUGCUGGCUCGGGAUAAUUGCUGAUGAUCCUCGAAUGCUGAUUAGCUACUAUGUUGUGUUUAUAUUUUCCUCUUUUAAGCUUCGAUCUGAUCGCUUCUCAGGCUUCUCAGACUCAGAUACAUAUCACGAGAUGAUGUCCCAAAGGAAAAAUGCAGUAGUUUGGAGGGACCUCUCACUGGAAACAAAAUGCUUUUGGACAUUCCUUGACUAUGUACGGCUUUAUGCUUAUUGCCAUUUAUUAGACAUAGUUUUGGCAUUAAUAGCUAUCACCGGUACUCUAGAGUAUGAUGUUCUGCACCUUGGUUACCUUGGAUUUGCUCUGGUUUUCUUUAGAAUGAGACUUGAAAUAUUGAAGAAGAAGAAUAAAAUUUUCAAGUAUCUACGGAUGUAUAAUUUUGUACUCAUUGUUUUGUCACUAGCCUACCAAUCUCCUUAUGUUGGGCAGUUUAGCUCUGGCACGUGCGAUCAAAUUGACUACCUGUAUGAAAUAAUUGGAUUCUACAAGUAUGACUAUGGUUUUAAGAUAACAUCACGAUCAGCUUUUGUUGAAAUAGUGAUCUUCCUAUUGGUGUCUGUUCAGUCAUAUAUCUUUAGCUCCGGUGAGUUUGAUUAUGUGUCAAGAUACCUUGAAGCAGAGCAAAUUGGUGCUAUGGUCCGUGAGCAGGAAAAAAAAGCUUUGAAGAAAACCGAGCAGCUGCAGCAUCUUCGCAGGUCUGAGGAGCAUAAACGUCAGCGGAACAUGCAAGUGGAGAGGAUGAAGUCUGAGAUGUACAAUUUACAAAGUCAGCUUAACAGAAUGAACUCUUUCACACCAAUAAAUGAUACAUCUUACAAUGAGGGCCUUAGGCGCAGGAGGAAUACUAAGCUGUACAGUGAUACUAAUACCCCAGAUGUAGGUAUUGAGACUGGAUCACCAACAAAGCAAGAUAAGAUUGGAAGCACCGAGUCAGCACAGUCAUUUGAAUUUUCUGUAACAGAUACACAGAAGAACAUCAGAAAUUUGAUGUUCCAGGGCUCAUCUGAUACUAUGAGAUCACCAAUCAGGGGGAGAAGUGAUGAAUUUGUGCUCACUGAUAAUAUUGGAAAUUCCCUGGGUUCGACACCGGAGAUCACUGAGCUUGAGGAGAGUGAUGAAAAAGUUAAUUAUAAUUUAUCCAAAUGGGAGAAGGCAAUGGGACAACCUAAGGAAAACCCACUAAAAUCAGCUGUACAAUUGAUUGGUGAUGGGGUCUCCCAAGUUCAGUCAUUUGGAAACCAGGCAGUCACAAAUAUUGUUAGCUUCUUGAACAUUGAUCCAGAUGAACCACACUCUAAUGAGCAUCCUGCAGAAGGUGACAUUUAUGAUGUUGUUGAGAGUCAGGUGGAAACACAAGAUGGGCAGCUUCUGAGAACACAUUCAGUUUCAGAUACCUCAGGGACUAAAGUUAAAUCAAGCAUGCCAAUUGGUGUGAUCUUUAGGUAUAUAUGGUAUCAGAUGCGAAGUAAUUAUGAUUAUGUUUGCUAUUGCUGUUUUGUUCUGGUUUUCUUGUGGAAUUUUAGUUUGCUAUCCAUGGUCUACCUUGGGGCACUUUUCUUAUAUGCUCUUUGUGUGAACUAUGGCCCAAGUUACUUGUUUUGGGUCAUCAUUCUGAUAUACACUGAGCUCAACAUUCUGUCACAGUACAUAUAUCAGAUUAUCAUUCAGCACUGUGGUUUAAAUAUACAUUUACCUCUUCUCCAGAGAUUAGGUUUCCCUGACGAUAAAAUAAAGGCAUCGUUUGUUGUCAGCAUAUUGCCUCUCUUUUUAGUCUAUAUAUCCACUCUCUUGCAGAGCUCUAUUACUGCCAAAGAUGGUGAAUGGGUUCCGGUAACAGAAUUCAGCUUUCUUAGCACAAGAAACAACAUUGAAGAGAAACAUUGUAUGCCUUACAGUUGGAGAGAGAGGCUAAAAAGUUUGCACUUGCCUGUAAUGAAUCUCAUAAGGAUGAUCACUAGGGGCUUAUCUAGAUAUUGGAUGUCAUUAACACAUGGAGCAGAAUCUCCUCCAUAUUUUGUGCAAGUUACGAUGGAGGUAAACCAUUGGCCAGAAGAUGGAAUCCAGCCAGAGAGGAUAGAGUCAGCCAUAAAUAGGGUGCUUACUAUUGCACAUGAAGAACGAUGCCAGGCUAACUUGUCUGCUUCCUGCCACUGUUGUAGCAAAGUCCGGAUUCAAAGUAUUGAGAAAAGCAAAGAAAAUUCUAGUAUGGCUCUUGCUGUACUAGAAGUUGUUUACGCUGCUCCUGCAGUAUGCCAACAACCAGGAUGGUACAAUUCACUCACUCCAGCAGCUGAUGUAGAAAGGGAAAUUCAUGAGUCACAGAAAGCUGGACUCUUUGAGGAAAUAAAUUUUCCUUACCCAAUUGUCUCAGUGAUAGGUGGGGGUAAAAGAGAGAUCGAUCUUUAUGCAUAUUAUUUUGGUGCUGACUUGGCAGUUUUCUUCCUUGUUGCAAUGUUCUAUCAAUCUGUCCUAAAAAAUAAGAGUGAAUUUUUGGAGGUUUACCAGCUGGAGGAUCAGUUCCCGAAAGAAUUUGUUUUCAUCUUAAUGGUUCUAUUUUUCUUGAUAGUGGUUGACCGCAUUAUAUACCUAUGGUCCUUUGCCACUGGCAAAGUUGUUUUCUAUAUUUUUAACCUUGUGCUUUUCACAUAUUCGGUCACUGAAUAUGCUUGGGGAAUGGAGCUAGCUCACAGGGAUGUUGGAGGACUUGUACUACGUGCUAUCUACCUUACAAAAUCAAUUUCCCUAGCACUGCAGGCAUUACAGAUCAGAUAUGGUAUUCCAAACAAGAGCAACUUAUAUAGACAGUUCUUGACUAGCAAAGUAACGCAAGUAAAUUACUUGGGCUUCCGGCUGUAUCGCGCUUUACCAUUCUUGUAUGAAUUGCGGUGUGUGCUUGAUUGGUCUUGCACAACCACAUCAUUAACAAUGUAUGAUUGGCUAAAGUUGGAGGACAUAUAUGCAAGCUUGUUUCUUGUGAAAUGUGAUGCAAUUUUGAAUAGAGCAAAUCAUCGACAAGGAGAAAAGCAAUCAAAAAUGACAAAGUUCUGUAGUGGGAUAUGCUUAUUCUUUGUACUUAUUUGCGUUAUUUGGGCUCCUAUGUUGAUUUACAGUAGCGGUAAUCCUACAAAUAUUGCCAAUCCCAUUAUUGAUGUAAGUAUUCAGAUUGAUAUAAAGGCACUUGGUGGAAGAUUAACCUUGUUUAAGACUACUGCUUGUGAAAAAAUACCUUGGAAGUACUUGAAGGCCUACGAUGAUGUUGAUCCUCUAGGAUACCUAGGGUCAUACAAUGUCGAUGACAUUCAGCUGAUUUGCUGCCAACCUGAUGCAUCAACAAUGUGGUUGAUACCUCCACCAGUCCAAAGCAGAUUUAUCCAAUCCCUUGAGAGAGAAAUACCUUUUGAAAAGAUGGAACUUAUUUUAAAUUGGGAUUUUCUCAGAGCUAGACCAAAAGGGAAGGAAUUAGUGCGAUAUGAAUCCCCUAUUGAACACUGCCCGAGUGUAGAUGAUGUUAAACAAGUGCUUAAUGGAACUACACACAGCUUCAGCAUAGUUGAUGCUUACCCUAGGUACUUUCGGGUUACUGGAUCAGGUGAAGUCCGGCGACUAGAAGCAGCGAUAGAUUCAGUAAGUGGGGAACUUCUAUUGAAUAAUGGCACUCCUCCUUGGUGGUCAUUCUAUACAAAACCCUCAGAUUUGGCAGGCUGUCAAGUGCUGAAUGGUCCCAUGGCCAUAGUUGUGUCUGAGGAGACACCUCAGGGCAUUAUUGGUGAAACACUCAGCAAAUUUAGCAUAUGGAGUUUAUACAUUACUUUUGUUUUAGCUGUUGCAAGAUUUAUUAGGCUGCAGUGCUCAGACUUGAGAAUGAGAAUACCAUAUGAGAAUCUUCCAUCUUGUGACAGGCUACUCGACAUUUGUGAAGGCAUUUAUGCAGCAAGAGCAGAAGGCGAGUUAGAAGUGGAAGAAGUCCUAUAUUGGACAUUGGUAAACAUCUACAGAUCACCACAUAUGCUGCUUGAAUACACAAAGCCUGACUAAGGCCCCGUCUGCAAAGGAAGUGAUUUUGCAAGUAUUUUCAAAGUACUGUACAAGUAGACUAACGUUUUCUCUCCUUUGAGAUCAUGGGAGCUAGCUUGGUAGCCCUCUCUCCCUCCUCUUUCAUGUGAAUUUAGGAUCAAACGGUGAAUUCUUUUUUUUCACCGACGUGGCCUGGCUGGCUGGCCGCCGAGGCAGCCUGGUUUCUUGAGAAGAAAUAGAACAAGAUCAUGUAAAUAGGCCUUGUAGUUAUCCAUUUAUUUUUGCUAACAUGUAUGUACGGUUGACAGUUGUAUUUUUUGGAAAAUGUAUACAUCAAAGUUCGAUUGUGAAAGUUA